GAUUUAAUCGAGUUUCACGACCAAUAAUCCCCAAAAUGUCGCAGAUGGGAGAAACUGACACUUUCCAACCGCCAAAGGCGGCUCAGAGUCAGGAAAAGCCCGGACUGGAAAAGAAAAUGGCACCCCCUAGUGAAGUCACCAGACUCGAAGGAAGCCAAGGAUUUGUUGAAUAUACCGGCGCAGAUAAACUCAAGGACAAAAAGGUUCUCAUAACUGGUGGAGACUCCGGCAUUGGUCGAUCAGUCUCGGUUUUGAUGGCCAGAGAAGGCGCAGAUAUUAGUAUUGUUUAUCUACCGCAAGAGCAACACGACGCGGAAGAAACAAAGGCAAUGGUCGAAGCCGAAAAUAGAACCUGUUUGCUUAUUCCUGGAGACUUGAGAAAGUAUGACUUCUGUCGUCAUGCGGUUGAAGAACACAUCAAGAGACACGGUGCUCUGAAUGUGCUCGUCAACAAUGCCUCGAAACAGUAUUCGUGCAAGGAUCUAGCAGAAAUCGAUCUCGAGAAGGUCGAAGAUGUGUUCCAAUCGAAUAUUCUCCAGAUGAUCGCAAUCACAAAAUACGCCCUUCCACACAUGUCUAGAGGCGACUCGAUCAUCAACAAUACCUCGGUGGUUGCUUUCCGCGGUACGGCCGGCAUGGUGGAUUAUGCUGCCACGAAAGGAGCAAUUGUUGGGUUCACAAGGUCUCUCGCACAACAGCUCAUUCCAAAGGGUAUCCGAGUCAACGCCGUAGCUCCCGGCGUGAUUUAUACCCCAAUUCAGGUCGACACUCGAGAUCCCGAGGGUAUGAAGAAUCUGGGCGAAAGCAAAGCUCUCGGCCGUCCGGGUCAAGCCAGUGAAGUUGCUACCAGCUUUGUGUUUUUGGCCAGCAGAGAUGCCUCUUUCUACUAUGGACAGAUACUGCAUUGCUAUCCACUAGGAGAUUAGCUUCUAUCCUGGUUUGCGAUAUAAAUAAUCCUACAGGAAUGCGACGCUAUUUCCAAGUUCCUGAAUGUACACUUGUCUCUAUGUCGGUAAUAUCUUUCGUGUCAGAAACAGGAAGAUACUUCAAUCUAUCUAUGUACAAAUACGCCUCUAGUACAUC